AGACAGGUCGUCAGGCACGCAUGCAUCCAUUUGUUCUCCAUGGUUCUGGUUUAGUCAACAAACGUGUUCUUGCUGUGUGCCCCUUUAAGGACUUCGAAAUAUGAGAGAGGUGUUUUACAGCUCUUUGAAACCACGAAUACUAGCGUGUGCUCUACAUCCAGGCCUUUCCUGGACGUUCGCCCCCUUUCCGAGGAUUAGCAUCCACUCUACCCAUCUCCACCCUAACCUGAAAGCAUGACUGUGAAUGAGGUAGGGAGCAGCCCGGGGCUCAGGAUGUCACUGGAGGUCUAGUAUUUUGUACUGGAGGCAAUGGGUUCGGAGAGGCUUUUCACACAAACCAAGGUCUUCAACUCCAGCGUGAAGAAGAAAAAAUGUCUCAAAAGCAGAUGAAGGAAGCUUUUGUCAGUAACCACAAUGGAACCAGCCUGCUGGAAGUCACCCAGGGCCUAUGCUUACCUGCAUUCUGUAUCCUGUGCAGAGGGCUCCUGAUCAUUCUCUCACAGCACUUGUGUUCUUCACAUACCUGGAGAACUAGAUUCUUCACUGACUUUGUUUUCCUAAUAGUUCCCUUGGUGGCCACUUUGACCAUUUUGUCUUCAUUUGUCCUCCUUGAGCACCUUGCUGUAAUUAUCCUUGGGGCAGGGCUAUUCUAUCAAAUAUACCGCAGGAGAACUUGCUGUGCCAGAAUGCCUGUCCAGAAAAUACUUGAAAAAUUCUUGAAAAUUGGUCUAGAAUCAGAAUACGUUCCAGCCAUCUCUUGUUUCCGUGUAAUUAACAGUGCAUUUACUGCUAUUGCCAUUUUGGCUGUGGACUUCCCAAUUUUUCCCAGAAGAUUUGCCAAAACUGAGCUCUAUGGGACAGGAGCAAUGGAUUUUGGAGUAGGAGGUUUUAUUUUUGGGACUGCAAUGGUUUGUCCAGAGGUUAGGAGAAAAUACACUGACGUGUCCAGAUUUUAUUAUCUUACAAAGUCACUGUACUCUGUUUGGCCACUAGUCUUCCUAGGAGUCGGACGAUUAGUCAUUAUAAAAUCCAUAGGCUAUCAGGAACAUUUAACUGAGUAUGGAGUUCACUGGAACUUUUUUUUUACCUUAAUAGUUGUGAAACUGUUAACAUCACUGCUUUUAAUUAUUUUUCCUCUAAAUAAAUCCUGGAUUGUGGCCAUUAGCAUUAUUGUGUUCUACCAACUAGCCCUUGACUUUACCCCACUGAAAAGGUUAAUUUUGUAUGGCACUGAUGGCAGUGGCACAAGGAUUGGUUUAUUAAAUGCCAACCGAGAAGGAAUAAUCUCUACCUUGGGGUAUGUGGCAAUUCAUAUGGCUGGUGUGCAAACAGGGUCAUAUAUGCUUAAAAAAAGAUCACAUGUCAAAGACUGGGUAAAAGGAACAUACCACAUUCUGCUGACAGCUAUUAGCCUCUUCAUAUCUCUUUACAUAGUUCAGGUAAAUGUAGAAGUAGUAUCUCGGAGAAUGGCCAAUUUAGCUUUUUGUAUUUGGAUAAUUGCUUCUAGCCUGAUACUUCUUAGUAGUUUAUUACUGUGUGACAUAAUUUUGAGUUUUGCCAAAUUCCUAAUUAAAGGGGCUAUAGUACCAUGUUCUUGGAAACCAAUCCAGUUGUCUGCCACAAAUAAAAAGCAUUCAGAAUCUCUAGUCUCUGAAGCUGAAAGAAAGGAACCCAGUCUUUGUUUAAUCACAGCUAUGAACAGAAACCAGUUAAUUUUUUUCUUGCUGUCAAAUAUAACUACUGGUUUGAUCAACCUGUUAGUAGAUACAUUACACAGCAGUACCUUGUGGGCCUUAAUUGUGCUCAAUCUCUAUAUGUUCACUAACUGUUCAAUUAUAUAUGUGUUACACUUGCAAGAUAAGACUAUAAAAUUUUGGUGACCAAUGUGGGUACAAAGUACCUGUGUUACAAAAAUAUUACUUUAAUGAGGGAGAAUAUUAAAUGUGAAGAAAAUGGGCUUUUGGCAACCCAGUUUUUUAAAACAUAUUAUAGAAUUGAGUUUCAAUCCUCCAUAAUAGUAGUGAUGCUUACUGUUAUAAUGUAUCGUAACACCAUAUAAUUUUAAAGAAACUGUAGUCAUGACACUGAAAGAUUAGAGGGUGGUGGGAAGGAGGAGAUUCACUCUCCAUCUUAGAUCACAAACCAUUCUGUAUUUUUUUUAUUGUAUGACUUCUAUAAUAAAGUUUACA